GCCCAUUAGGCAGUGUCAUGGAUCAAAAUCAGUUAAGCUGCUUGUGAAAGUGUUCCCUGAGGCUGCACUUCCCUGGACAGAAUACCAGUUUCUGAGAGGAAGAGCAAAGAGAGUUAACGACAAAAACUGAUGGACCAUUACAUCUUCCAAAAUGAGCCUGUUCACACUUUUCUACUGGAAACUAACAAGUCUUGAAGAGAGAAGAAUUCAGUGCUGGACUGUCAUAAACAUUACUCAUGGUGCAACUUCAGAGAACAGCUUGAUUUAUCUGACUUGAAGAGGAGGCACAUGUGCAGUAAGCCAAGAGGACAUGGGCUUUCAGUGCAUCUGGAAAAAUGAUCAGGUACUGGGUCUGUGUGUCACAUCUGAAUUGUGUUGUACUAAUUCUCUAAGUACCAACUCAGACCAUCUCCUUGAUGCACACUCACGGCAUCAUGGCCAGUACUCAGGAGCGCCUGAGCUUGUCUUCCUCUCCAAACUCGAUCGGCAAAGCUUUCUGUGAAGAUAAAGACUUUAGUAGGUUACAUGAUGAACAUCCACCUACUGGAAACCACCCGUCCCCCGAGCUCAUAGAGGAUGUGCGUGACAAGGGCUUGCUGCAGGCAGACCUCAUUGAAAACAUGAGCAGCCCAGUCACUGCAGCAGUGCUGACCAGCAUCAGCGAGGACUCUAGGGACCAAUUUGAGAACAGCGUGCUGCAGCUGCGAGAGCAGGAUGAGUCUGAAACAGCCAUUCCUCAGGGCAACAGGAACACUAUGGAUGGAGAGAGCAAUAGUGGAGCGGAUGAUGUUAAAGUCCAGUUCAACAGAUCAGGCAGUGGGAGCGGUGGGUUUCUUGAGGGACUUUUCGGUUGUCUGAGGCCCGUGUGGAACAUCAUAGGCAAGGCAUACUCCACAGACUACAAACUGCAACAGCAAGAUACCUGGGAGGUCCCGUUUGAGGAGAUCUCGGAGCUGCAAUGGCUGGGCAGUGGCGCACAGGGAGCCGUCUUCCUGGGCAAAUUCCGGGCGGAGGAGGUGGCCAUCAAGAAAGUGAGAGAUCAGAACGAAACGGAUAUCAAGCACUUGCGGAAACUUAAACAUCCUAACAUCAUUGCAUUCAAGGGAGUUUGCACUCAAGCCCCAUGCUACUGUAUUAUCAUGGAAUACUGUGCACAUGGACAGCUCUACGAAGUCCUGCGAGCAGGGCGGAAAGUCACCCCUCGGCUGCUUGUGGAUUGGUCCACGGGGAUUGCAAGUGGGAUGAAUUAUCUGCACCUUCACAAAAUCAUCCAUCGAGACCUCAAGUCACCAAACGUUUUAGUUACACACACAGAUGCAGUAAAAAUUUCAGAUUUUGGUACAUCUAAAGAACUCAGUGAUAAAAGUACCAAAAUGUCUUUUGCGGGAACUGUGGCUUGGAUGGCCCCAGAGGUGAUACGCAAUGAGCCUGUCUCUGAAAAGGUGGAUAUCUGGUCGUUUGGGGUAGUUUUGUGGGAACUGCUUACAGGAGAGAUUCCCUACAAGGACGUGGACUCUUCGGCCAUCAUUUGGGGAGUGGGCAGUAACAGCCUGCACCUUCCUGUCCCUUCCACGUGCCCAGAUGGCUUCAAAAUCCUCAUGAAGCAGACCUGGCAGAGCAAGCCCCGGAAUCGUCCCUCCUUCCGGCAGACACUGAUGCAUCUGGACAUCGCAUCUGCUGACGUGCUGGCUACUCCUCAGGAAACCUAUUUCAAAUCACAGGCUGAAUGGAGAGAAGAAGUGAAGAAACAUUUUGAGAAAAUUAAAAGUGAAGGAACUUGUAUCCACCGGCUAGAUGAAGAAUUGAUUCGUCGUCGAAGAGAAGAGCUGAGACAUGCAUUGGAUAUCCGCGAACACUAUGAGAGGAAGCUGGAGCGAGCCAAUAACUUAUACAUGGAGCUCAGCGCUAUUAUGCUGCAGCUGGAGGUCCGUGAGAAGGAGCUCAUAAAGAGGGAACAAGCAGUGGAAAAGAAAUACCCUGGGACUUACAAACGCCACCCAGUCAGACCAAUAAUCCACCCCAAUACAGUGGAGAAGCUGAUGAAGAGGAAAGGUGUCUCUCAUAAACCAGGCAGCCAGACUAAACGGCCAGAUCUACUGAAGUCAGAGGGCAUACCCAGCACAGAAGCAGCAUCCAAUGGCUCACCAGUCUCAGGAAGUCCCAAAAUGUCAACACUGAGCGGCAAAAGCCGCUACCGCAGUAAGCCACGUCACCGCCGAGGGAACAGCAAAGGCAGCUACAAUGAUUUUGCAGGGAUCUUGAAAAACCAGCCAGUGCAAGAUGAUGCACCCCCACCUCCACCUCAUAAUCAUUCUCAUCAUCCCAGCCUACCGCAGCAACAUGGCCACAGCCAUCCCCAUGGCCAUCACUCACGGCUUCAUGCCCACGGACAAGAUAUUGCCAACUGCGCAAACAACUUAAGGUACUUUGGCCCUGCAGCAGCGCUGCGUAGCCCUCUCAGUAACCAUGCGCAAAGGCGGAUGUCUGGUUCAAGCCCCGAUCUCAUCUCUGCUGCCAUGGAAGCAGAUUGCCGAAGGAAUCUGGAGAGCAAAGAAAGCAAAGCUGAUCAUUGGGAGUGUUGCAAAACAGAUCCAUAUAAUUCCUGUCUUCAGUGCAGGGAAGAGGACAGUGGUCAGGUACAGAUGUCAUCUGUUGAAACAGGGAUGAGCCAUUCUCAAUCACCAACAUCUGUUUCCCUAUACGAAAAUGCGCAGUUCAUUGAGAAGAUGGAGGAAGAGGGCUUCAGCAACUGUAAGUCAGCGUCUGCCCUAGGCACUCCCCAGCACAUGGCUUCCUCAGUGCUACCUUGCAAAGCAAGACCCCUUCAAAAGAGCGGUGAUGACUCUUCAGAGGAGGAAGAGGGCGAAGUAGACAGUGAAGUGGAAUUUCCUCGUAGACAAAGACCUCACCGCUGUAUUAGUAGCUGCCAGUCCUACUCAACCUUCAGCUCGGAGAACUUCUCGGUGUCAGAUGGAGAGGAGGGGAACACAAGCGAUCAUUCGAACAGCCCAGAUGAGCUGGCCACCAAGCUGGAAGAUGAGCUGGCUGAGAAGCUGGAGGACAUGUUGUCUCAGACUCCAGAGAUCCCCAUUGAAAUCUCCACCCAGUCUGAUGGGCUUUCAGACAAAGAGUGUGCUGUGCGGAGAGUCAAGACUCAGAUGUCUCUGGGCAAACUUUGUGCAGAUGAACACAGCUGUGAGAACCCAGCACAGUUUGGAGAAUCAGACUGUGACUCUUCUGAAGGGGAGUGUUCUGAUGCCACGGUCAGGACCAAUAAGCCCUGCAGCUCUGCUACUUGGUAAUACAGAUCUCCCCCAAAGCUUCCUGAUACUGGCAUUUUGAUUUCCCUGAGAUUCCACUUCAUUCCCCUUCAUCACACUUUACAGGAAGAGAAGAUGCUUCUCCUUCCCACCCCAGGAGUGAUUUGCAAUAACCUGAAUCUCUGGAAAAUGUCCAAAUGAAAUUAAUUCUCUUUGAGCAUUUCAAUCAAGAAUGGCAGGGAUGUAUUUUAUUGAAUAAUCUAGUUACUGUAACAUGGAUAUUUAUUUUUUUGACAUUUUAACACUUUUUACUGUAAAGAGUGGAUUGUAUUUAUAGACACACAGACUUGUUGCAAAAAAAAAAAAAGUUCAGAAA